AUGGAUCUUACUUUCGAUCACAGAUUUGUGAAGGUCAAUGGAAUCAAUAUGCACAUCGCCGAGAAAAGUCCCUCCGUCGCCGGGAACGGUAAUUUCGACGGGGUUUUGCGUCGUCCGGUGAUACUCUUCCUCCACGGAUUCCCGGAGCUCUGGUACACGUGGCGACAUCAGAUGGUGACACUCUCAUCAUUAGGAUACCGGACAAUCGCGCCGGACCUACGCGGCUACGGCGACACCGAGGCACCGGAGAGCGUGGACGCGUACACAAGUCUCCACGUGGUCGGAGAUCUGAUCGGACUGAUCGACGCCGUGGUGGGAGAACGGGAGAAGGUGUUCGUGGUGGGACACGAUUGGGGCGCAAUCAUCGCAUGGCAUCUCUGUCUUCUCCGACCUGAUAGAGUCAAGGCUCUGGUCAACAUGAGUGUGGUGUUCGAUCCUUGGAAUCCUAAGAGGAAGCCGAUCUCGAGCUUUAGAUCCUUCUAUGGCGAUGACUACUACAUCUGCAGAUUUCAGCGUGUAGGUUUGUUUGAUUCUCAUCAGAAGAAAAUGGGUUUUACAUUGCAGGAAUAUGGGGAAAUAGAGGCGGAAUUUGCUAAAGUUGGCACGGAACGAGUUCUAUUAGAGCUCUUAACGUAUCGUAAUCCUGGUCCUAUACUCUUACCUAAAGGAAAACGCUAUGAUGAUCCUGUUUCACUCCCCUCGUGGCUAACUGAGUAUGAUGUCAAGUAUUACGUUUCAAAGUACGAGAAGAAUGGCUUCACUGGACCAUUAAACUACUACCGAAACAUGGACCGAACAUGGGAGCUGAUGGGAUCGCUAUCAAACGCUCAGGUGAAAGUUCCGGUUAAGUUCAUAAUAGGCGACCAAGACUUGACAUAUCACAUUCCAGGCACCAAGAAGUACAUCCACGAAGGCCGGUUUAAGAGCCACGUCCCCUUGUUGGACGAAGUUGUGGUACUUAAAGGCGUCGGUCACUUUCUCCAUGAGGAAAGGCCUGACGAGAUAAGUAAACACAUCCACGACUAUUUCCUCACUUUUUAG